GACCUGCUAUUAUUUUCGAAGCGGUUUUAAAUAUGGCGUCCGGGAAAAUAUGUAUGUUUACAGUUAUUAAUACGAUUAUUACAGUUUUUAUCAUAGAAAGUCACUGUCGACUACAUCAUCUUAUACUUAAGGAUGACAUCCGUCAGCGGGUCCAUCUGAAUACAUUCGGUUUUUAUAAAGAUGGUUCCAUGAGUAUAAGCAUGAACAGCCUAAGCUUCACAAAUGGAAAUACGAACGAUAUUGACAGCUCCACGAUUGGUUUCAGCUUAGAUCGUUCAAGCAAUAAUGGUUUCUCCACAUAUCUGGAUGAAGGUCUUGACUACUGUCCUUUGAAAAAAGAUCCAAGCAGUAAUUUUGCAGGAGUGCUUCUUUUGUUGGACUUCCAAAAUAAACUAGUGAGAAAGAAGACCUCAGCAGAAGCUGAUGUGUUUCCUAAAAUCUUACCUGUGUUGCAUCAAAAUACUGAGAAGUAAGUGCCUGCUGAAAAGGGGAAAGAUCUCCAAGACAAUAAGCCAGAUGAUGAAAGUCAACCGGUGGCUCCCAAAAUCAAGAGAGACGUUGAGAACAAGGCAGAAGAUACCUAUCCUCUACUUUACAAAGGCCAGAUCUACUCCUUUCAGUUUUACUUAAAUAUCACAACAGACGAGCAGCAAGGCCUUUACAACUUUUAUUUCUACAACUGCUACUCCAUGGCAAUAAAUCAGCACAGCUCUAUGUCAGACCUGCUGACUUUCAGCAUUGAUAUCGAUAUAAAGGAGAAGAAUCCAGACAGCUACCUCUCUGCAGGAGAGAUUCCAUUACCUAAACUAUACAUCUGCAUGUCCACUUUCUUCUUUGUCAUUGGCAUACUGUGGGUUCAUGUUUUGUUUACCCAUAGUGCUGAUGUUUACAAGAUUCAUUGGCUGAUGGCGGCUCUUCCAUUCACAAAGUCACUUUCUCUUAUUUUCCAUGCGAUUGACUACUACUACAUUUCAAAUCAGGGCUUUCCCAUCGAAGGCUGGGCUGUGGUCUACUACAUUACUCACCUACUGAAGGGGGCGCUGUUGUUCAUUACUAUAGCAUUAAUAGGAACCGGCUGGGCCUUUGUCAAACAUAUUCUCUCUGAUAAAGACAAGAAGAUCUUCAUGAUCGUCAUUCCUUUGCAGGUUCUGGCCAAUGUGGCGUACAUCAUUAUUGAGUCCACAGAGGAAGGCUCAAGUGAGUACGGUCUUUGGAUGGAGAUCCUGUUCUUGGUGGAUCUGCUGUGCUGUGGGGCUAUUCUCUUCCCUGUUGUCUGGUCUAUUAGACAUUUACAAGAGGCGUCAGCAACAGAUGGGAAAGCUGCUAUCAAUCUGGCUCAGCUGAAACUUUUUAGGCACUAUUAUGUGAUGAUUGUUUGCUAUAUUUAUUUCACUCGUAUCAUCGCCAGUCUCAUCAAGGUCAUUGUCCCCUUUCAGUGGAAGUGGCUCUACCAGCUAUUGGAUGAGCUGGCCACCCUGACCUUCUUCUUCUUAACUGGACACAAGUUCCGGCCGGCCUCCUACAACCCGUAUCUGCUGCUAUCUGUGGAGGAAGAAGACAUGGAGAUGGAUGACGUUGUAACUACCUCAACAGCCAUGGGUGAGGGUGUUAAGAAAGUGAAGAAGUUAUCAAACGGCCCUUCUGGUGAGAGGGAGAGCAUGGCAUGAUGGGAGAUCAAAUUCUGUGUGUGUGUCUCUGGACUUUGUGGCCAGCUACUGACAUGUCAGACAUUCUUAACAGCUUUGAUGUGCAGAAUUCCCAGUGGACCUACUUUAUGAUCACAUGUGAAGACAGUGUUCCAGAUCCAUAUAUAUCUAUCUCUGUAAAUGUUGCACCAAUGGCAUAGAGACCUCACACUACACCGCUCCAUUCCUUUUGCCGCUGUGUUUUAUUGCUUGGUGCUGUGCUUUAUUCUCAUUUUAUAAUGUGUGUGUGUUAAUUUUUUCAAUUUGUUUGUUUGUUUUUAUUUAUUUAUGACCUUCCUAAGCAUUGCUUGUUGUUAGUCACCCUGUGGCACUUUAAUAGGAACACUCCAGUCGCGUGAAAGCGUACGUGUGGUCACUGGAAUCUGUGGAACACUGCUGUCUCCAAGAUGUCUCUUCAUAAGCUAUUAUUUAAGUGAUUGUUUCCUACUCAAAAUUUUCCAAAUGAAUUUUUUUCAUUUAUGUAAAUGCAGGGCCCAGAAAACAUGCAUAACCCUGAUUAAAGCAUUACGAAGAAUAAAAUGUACCGUACCCAAGAUUAGUCAGGGUCUGAUGACAGCUUCAUGUUUUCUCAGUAUUUGUGAAUUGUGAACACAGAUCACGAUGGACAAUAAUAUCACCGGGUUGUCCAGAACCUUGCAUUUUUAAAUGUAUCAAAAUGUGGAUUCAAAUGAUUUCAGGGAUCUUGUAAAUUAUGGUUGCUGGUAAUGCGAUGGAGGAUUUUAAUUUGAAGUUCAAUGUUUUGCUUUUUCUCAUAUCUUUUGAGCAGCUUUAUGAAAUUGUGUUUCAGUAUUAAAUUGUGCAAUGGUUUCAUAUGUAUGGCUUCAUAUUUGAUUAAAAGUGUGUAUAUAAUGGGGAAAUACAUGUAGAUUCUGUAUGAUAAAGAACUAACUGUGUAAAGUCCAGUCAGAACGCAACCCAAGAUUCUUAUUGUUUAGAGUAUUCUGUUCUUCAACAGCUAUAGAAGUCCAUUCUUAAAUUAUGCCAUAACCAAUGUAAAUUUCUUACUGAACAUUAUUUGAGAUAAAAAAGUUUUAUGACAAAAUCGUGAUCCUUUAGGACAAAAUCAUGAUGUAGUAUCUUAUCAUUCCUGAACACAACAAACAUUUGGCAGCAUUGAGGCAAAUGGAUGGUUUAUAAUUAAUUCAGUGAGGGACUAAUGAUGAGCAAACGAAAGAAUUACAAAUGAUAAUUCUGUCUUAUCAUUUUUUUACCUUCAGUAAAACAUUUUCACUAAUUUAUCAUCUCUAAUGGGGACAAUUACAUUUUUAAGAGAUGGGGUGAAGCACAAAAUGUUAACAUUUAUUGAAUGUUCUGACUUUGCCAAACAGACAAAAUAGAUGAGCUAAUAUUUUGCUGAUGAUGUGUCACUUGUUUGGAACCUGUGAUUUUCAAUUACUUGUACAAGCUUAAAAUUGUGCUUUUUAAAAUUAUAUUCAUUUGCCUUACGUUUAUCUUUUGUUUUGUAGCACUCUUCUUUGGAAACCCUAGAUAGUGUGGUGGUAAGACUUGCUAUUUAUUAAAGUUAUUAUUUACGACAAUUAAAUAUUCAAUCUGUUUGCACAAAACAAUGCACUGUUAAGUAUUUGAUCCAUAUUAACAAGCUACAAACGUUUUGUAUUAUUAAUUGUUUGAUAAAUGUUUAUCAAUAAAGUGCAAUUGUCAUUUUAUAAC